AUGGCCUUUGAUAGCCAUCGCGUGGACAGCCCGGCCUCAAGAAGGAGAAUGCGCGAGGGUAUCCCUGUCCGAUCUCCUGGCGAGCCGGCCGAGCGAGUGCAGCAUAUCCUCUAUGACUCUGUGUCGGAUCCCACCGACACUGAGUCCGAACAGGAGAUGCUUUCGAAGGCCGAGGCGCGGCGGCAACAUUGUUACCUGCCUUCGGCGGGCUCUGCUGGCCACGGGACUGCUGCCGGGUGUCGACCUUGCGCUUUCUACAUACCGUCAGUUGGAUGUCGCAAUGGAACCGCAUGCAAUUUUUGCCACUACGACCACAGUCCAGAGGAGCGCCAGCUUCCAAAGCCUUCGUCACGGCCUGCCAAGGGCAAGCGUGACAAGGACAAAAGAAGAAUAGCCGAGAUAAACCAGAAGUAUUCCAACGAUGAGGGCAAGAGGCAGGAAGAGUUGCGCAAAUUUGCGCAAUCUCAGAGCUAUGCUGCCAAACUGCUCGGUUUCGAAAGUGGGCGGAAAGGAGCCAAGGGUGGCUACAAAGGUGCCCAGGUAGAAGCAGCCUCCAGAACAGUAGCGGCAAGCCCCGCCCAAAUGACGGAAAGCUGGGGCAACUAUGCCGAACCGGGAAGCAGACAUGCUUCCAGCUGGAGUGAUUAUGCCGAGCCAGGACGGGUUCCGACUGCUCCCGCAGGCCCGUGGAUACAUCGUGCCGCGAACCAGCCGCCGUACAGAGCGCAAGAAGGCGCAGGUGUUCUCCAUAUCCCUCGCCGAUGA